AUGUCGUCUGAAGUGCCUGCCACGAACGACUCGAACCUCUACGAGGGUGCCAUUGGUAUCGACCUCGGCACCACCUACUCCUGUGUGGGUUGGUGGAGCAACGAGCGUGUCGAGAUCAUCGCCAACGACCAGGGUAACCGCACUACCCCCUCGUACGUCGCUUUCACCGAGAGCGAGCGUCUGAUUGGUGAUGCCGCCAAGAACCAGGCCGCCAUGAACCCCCGCAACACGGUCUUUGACGCCAAGCGUCUCAUUGGUCGUCGCUUUGACGACCCCGACGUGAAGAAGGACACCCAGCACUGGCCCUUCAAGGUCAUUGACAAGGACGGCUCGCCCUACAUUGAGGUCGAGUACCUUGGCUCGACCAAGACCUUUGCUCCCCAGGAGAUCUCGUCGAUGGUCCUCAUCAAGAUGAAGGAGAUCGCCGAGGCCAAGAUCGGCAAGGAGGUCAAGAAGGCCGUCGUUACCGUGCCCGCCUACUUCAACGACUCGCAGCGUCUCGCUACCAAGGAUGCUGGUUCGAUCGCCGGUCUCGAUGUGCUCCGUAUCAUCAACGAGCCCACCGCGGCCGCCAUUGCCUACGGUCUCGACUCCAAGUCGAGCCAGGAGAAGAACGUCCUGAUCUUCGACCUGGGUGGUGGUACUUUCGAUGUGUCGCUCCUCAACAUCACUGGUGGUGUGUUUGCCGUCAAGGCCACCGCCGGUGACACCCACCUUGGUGGUGAGGACUUUGACAACACCCUCCUCGAGUUCUUCAAGAAGGAGUUCGAGCGCAAGAACAAGCUCGACAUCUCGGGUGACCCCCGUGCUGUCCGCCGUCUGCGCAGCGCCUGUGAGCGUGCCAAGCGCACCCUGUCGAGCGUGACCCAGACCACCGUCGAGGUCGACUCGCUCUUUGACGGUGUCGACUUCCAGGCCAGCAUCACCCGUGCCCGCUUCGAGGAGAUCAACGCCGCGGCCUUCAAGUCGACUAUCGACCCCGUCGCCAAGGUGCUCAAGGACUCCAAGAUCCCCGCCGACAAGGUCGACGACAUUGUGCUCGUCGGUGGCUCGACCCGUAUCCCCAAGAUCCAGUCGCUCGUCUCGGAGUUCUUCAACGGCCGCCAGCUGAACAAGUCGAUCAACCCCGACGAGGCUGUCGCCUACGGUGCCGCCGUCCAGGGUGCCGUCCUCACCAACCAGACCAGCGACAAGACCGCUGAUCUCCUCCUGCUCGAUGUUGCCCCGCUCUCGCUCGGUGUCGCCAUGCAGGGUGACGUGUUCGGUGUUGUGCUGCCCCGCAACACCCCCAUUCCCUCGAACAAGACCCGCACUUUCACCACCGUCGAGGACAACCAGACCCAGGUUACCUUCCCGGUGUACGAGGGUGAGCGCACCCAGUGCAAGGACAACCGUCUCCUCGGUGAGUUCGAGCUGACGGGCAUUCCCCCGAUGCCCCGCGGCCAGGCCGAGCUGAUCUGCACCUUUGAGGUGGACGCCAACGGUCUCCUCAAGGUCUCGGCCCAGGACAAGGCCUCGGGCCGCAAGGCCAACAUCACCAUCACCAACUCGGUCGGCCGCCUGAGCUCGACCGAGAUUGAGCAGAUGAUCAAGGACUCGGAGACCUUCAAGAACGCCGACAAGGAGUUCCAGGCGAAGCACGACUCCAAGAACGACCUCGAGGCCUACGUGCACUCGGUCGAGUCGACCAUCUCGAACCCCGCCGCGAACUUCAAGCGCGCCGCGAAGAUCCAGGUGGAGCAGGAGCUCGCCAAGGCGCUCGAGCUCCUCGAGCUCGAGGACAGCUCGGCGGACGACUACCGCCGCUGCUCGCUGCGCCUCAAGCGCGCUGUCCAGAAGGGUCUCUCGGGCGGCCGCUAA